GUACUUCCCACAUCGAGGAAAGGCUACUUCGCUUGCAACCGUCUGCUAGCUUGCUCCUAGCCUUUAUUCGCGAGAGUUUCUUACUACCUGACAACUAGCUCAUCAAAUGGGGAGGCAACCAUGCUGCGACAAGGUGGGUUUGAAGAAGGGGCCUUGGACGGCGGAGGAGGACCAGAAGCUCGUCAGCUUCCUCCUCACCAACGGCCAGUGCUGCUGGCGCGCCGUGCCCAAGCUUGCCGGAUUGCUGCGUUGCGGGAAGAGCUGCCGGCUGCGGUGGACCAACUACCUGCGGCCGGACCUGAAGCGCGGGCAGCUGUCGGAGGAGGAGGAGAAAACGGUGAUCGACCUGCACUCGGAGCUGGGCAACCGGUGGUCCAAGAUCGCGUCGCACCUGCCGGGAAGGACGGACAACGAGAUCAAGAACCACUGGAACACCCACAUCAAGAAGAAGCUCAGGAAGAUGGGCAUCGACCCCGCCACCCACAGGCCCCUCCAGCCCGCUCCGGACAGCCGCACCAGCGGCUCGCCGGAGGAGGAGAAGGCCAUCGCGGAAGUCACGCCGCCAGGUUUUGGCCACGAGGCGUUCUGCGUCGACGAGGUGUCCAUGGCGCACCUCCUGGACGACAUCGUCAUUCCAGGCGACGUCCUCGACGCGCUGCCCGCGGCCGACGGCGGCGGCGUCAGCACGGCUUACUCGCCUGGAUCUUCCUCCUCCUCCUCCUCCUCGUCCUACACCGACGACGCCUCGGCGCCAGCAUCGAGCGGUGGCAGCAGCAUCGUCGACGGCGAGUGGCCGGAGUGGCCGCAGAUGGUGGAGUGGCCAGAGUCCACGUGGCUUGACGACGUGGUCACGGGCCCGACGCCGUGGGAGUUCGAGGACCCCUUCCUCACGUACCAGAGGAUUGCUCUGUUCGAUCACCACGAGACAUGGAACAACAGCAGGGCCGAGCUCUUCUGAGCUCGUCAUUCUUUGUAGCUAAAAUCUCAAUGCCACGCGUACGCGUAAAUGCUCCCCCAAAAAAUGGUACAGGAUCUCUAUGCACAUUAGUACAACCAUUUUUCACAGUCUCUGCAUUCGGAUACUAGUGCCUAACUAGAGUAAGAAAAAGAUUCAGGAGGGAUAAUGUUCAUUGAAAAUAAGAAACAGAAAUGAAGUGGUUG